UUUUUUUUUUGUACAUAUGUCCUUCUUUCUUUCCCUUUCACACAUACAUGGACACACAGACACUUUAUUUUUUUUUAUCAAUCCUUUCAUACUUACCCUAUAUAUAUAUCUAUAUGCACAUACCUCGUAUUUAGUUACUUUUAGUAUCUACUUCUUCUUGUUAUUAUUUUAUACAUAUUCAGCUUUUGAUUGACUCAAUAAAGAAUUACUUAGACAAUAUAUAAAUGGAUGAUUGUAAUUUCAAUAAGUUACAUGAAACAAUAAAAAAGCAUAUAGAGCUAAAUUUAAUUCUAUAUGGAUAACGUUACAAUGAAGAAGGCAAAACUUACGGUGACCAUUCUAAAAUAAGCAUGAUGUUGAUGAAUCUACCAAUAUAGACUUUAUGAUCAGGUGAAAAAAAAA